ACCAACGAAUUUUGUGCCAGCUUGGACCUAUCUGUCAAAUUGUGUCAUUUUUUGAGAUUGUUGGUCGUCAAGUUGGGUACGAGGGACGGGCGAUCUAGUGCCGGCGGUGGUUAGUUAGAAAUAUUGAAGGCAGUGGCUAGGGGUCACUACAUGAUCAUCAGCUAUAAAGGCGGAUGUCAAAGGAUCGCCUCUUGCAUCCCCUCACCAUGAGUGCAGUCUCCAUUCUUCGCCUGACCGUGCUUAUCGCGACGUUGGUGUUUUCCGUCAUCGUGCUGGGAGUGAGUGCGCAUAUCACUUACCUGACCACGACGUUCUUCAACGCCUACUUUACAUUUGCGGCCAUGUCCAUCGCGACGGCAUGCCUCACCAUCCUCACCCUGCCAGUCAUGAUUGCGGUCGAUAUCACCAGGAAGGGUGCGUUUACUUCGAUGGUGGUGGUGGAGCUGUCCUGGCUGGGUGUCCUCUGGAUCCUCUGGCUGACGAGCGCGGCGCUGACGGCGGACGCCAAUUCCAAUACCUUUGUGGCUGGAUGCGGCUAUAUCAACCCGGAGAUUGACCAGGCCUGUAAAGAGUUCAAUGCUAUUGAAGCGUUUGACUUUUUGACCUGGCUUAUUCUGAUGGGCUACACAAUUACCUUGAUUGUUUUUGCUAUCAUUGCGGCCACUCGAGGCAAUGCUGCCGUUUGGACGUCCUCUACAACUACAACCGACUUUUUCGCUACAGGAGGUGCUCUUGCUCCCGAAAAGUCUCCCUCUACAAAUACUAUUCAGCACCAUCAGAGCCCUUAUCCUCAGGUAUGAAUUGAAUAUAUAGUUGUCUGUCGUCGUACGAUACCGUAGUUACCCAAUCGAGUUAAUAAAAUCCAAAGUCAAGUUUUCGGCAGUGCCCGGUCUUAAAGUAGGCAGUAAGGGGGAGUAGACGGGCUGAAAAAUCUACGACAACGACGAGACAGGAGAAAACAUGGACGCGU